AUGGAGCUCUGUGACUUACUCACCCUUGAGGAGAAUGGUGUCGACAAGGAUGAAAUCAUCUCUCUCCGUCUAUCUGAAGACGAUGAGAAUUGCGACGAAGUACCAAAAGAGAAAGCCGCCAUUGAUGAUGAGUACCUACAGGACUUGUCCUCGAAAAUUAAAUCAUCAUGGAAGGAACUGGCCAAACACCUAGGAUAUGAAGAAGCGGACAUCCAAACCACCAACGAAGGCAGCACUGAAGAGAGCCGUCACAUGCUACUCACUUGGUGGGAAAAGACGACAGAUCGCGACGAAGCAGCUCAGAAGCUGAGACGAGCAUUGGAGGCCAUCGGGUUGACUGAUUUGGCCCAAAAUGUACCAGUAACGGGCUAUUCGAGAGACGAAGCAGCUGGACCCGAGCCAGAAAGUCGUCAAGAGGCAGGAGUAGACGAGGAGAGCAAACAAAAUAGAGUGGCAUCAACCGAGGAAGAGAAACUGAAAAGGGAACAAGUUGACGAUCAAGACAAACCUCGGCCUAUCUGUUUCAGAUAUGUGCAAGUCUUCAUUCAGUGCCACGUGUCACACAAAGCAAAAACACUUUGUUUUCGAAUGAAUGCAGAGACAUCUGUCUUUACCUUGAAACAUAUGAUUAACGAGAAAAUCAGUGUCCAGCCUCAACAACAACGACUGUACAUCCGAAGGAACUUUCGUAACUUUGAGCUCUGUAACUUGCUGACACUUCACGACUGUGGAAUUCAUCAGGACGAGAACAUCUCACUCCGUCUGUCUACUGAUGGCCUACUGGGCGGUGGACCAACAGACAAACACCUUGCUGAUGAUCAAUUCUUCCGGGACUUGGCUUCGAAAACUGAAUCAUGCUGGGAAGAAUUGGCCAAAUCCCUGAGAUAUGAAGAUGCAGCAAUCAAGCAAUUCCAAACCACCUCCCAAGAAAACACAGAAAGGAGCCUACAGAUGCUGCGUUCUUGGUGGGGAAAGCAAACAAAUCGCGAGGAAGGAUUUCAGAGUUUGAGAGACGCAUUAAAUUCAAUUGGGCGUGCUGAACUGGCCUCGAUGAUCCCAUCAGAAAAGCAACAGAGGAUGAAACAGGAGGAACUUGGUCAUCUAGACAAACCUCAACCAUCGGUACAAACGGAAGAAACUCGAGAACACAAUACACAGAAAGGGACUACAUCGUCUGAGGGACAGAGACUAGAACAGGAGGAAGUUGCCGAUCAAGGAAAACGUAAGACAAAUGUACAACUGGGAGGGGCUAUGAAACAUCGCAGGCAGAAAGAGACUACAUCAUCUCAGGGACAGGGACAAAGACAGGAGGAAGUUGCUGAACAAGGACAACCUCAGAUACAUGUACAAGGAGAAAUUGCUCAAGAACAGGGUAAACAGAAGCGGACAAAACCAGCUAAUGAGGAACAGAGACCGAGUCAGGAGCUUUCGCCAAAAAAACAGAAACUAGGGGAAUUCGAGAAGAACGUUCAACAGAGGACGACGUCAGAACAGCAGAAAGGUACUACAUCAUUCCAUGGACAAAGACCAGGACUGGAGGAAGUUGUUCAUCGAGACAAAGCUCAAUCAUUUGGAGAAGUGGGAGGGGCUAAAGACCAGAGCAGUCAAGAAGGGACUACAUUAACUGAGGACCAGACACCGAGACAGGGUGCAGUUAGUCAUCGAGACAAACCUCAAUCAGAGCUACAAGUGAGAGAGGCCAAAGAACGGAGCAGGCAGAAAGAGACUACGACAUCUGAGGGGCAGAGACCGAGACGGGAGGAAGUUGGUCAUCGAGACAAACUGCAACCAGAGGUACAAGUGGAAGGGGCCACAGAACGGAGCAUGCAGGAAGAGACUACGACAUCUGAGGGGCAGAGACCAAGACAGGACGUUGGUCAUCAAGACACACUGCAACCAGAGGUACAAGUGGGAGGGUCUGAAGAACAGAGCAAGCAGAAAGGGACUACAUCAUCUAAGGGACAGAGACCGAGAAAGAAGGACGUUGGUCAUUCAGCCAAAUCUAAACCUGAGGCUCACGUGGGGUUGACUGAGACAGAAAGCAAGUCAGAGCGACGUCGUGACUCACAGAGCCAGGGAGACGACAGUGCACAAGGGAUACAAACAAGCAUGCCUACAGCUCCAGCAGGUAUCAUCACAGUUGUUUCCUUGUUGUGA